AUGCAUAUAGCUCUGGUUGCUGGUUGGGCCGGUUCGAUGGCUCUGUAUGAAUUAGCAGUUUUUGAUCCUUCUUAUCCUGUUCUUGAUCCAAUCUAUCUGGCAUUGGGUGUAUUGGGAUCUAGAAAUAUUUGUGAUGAACGUACAGGAAAACCCUCUUUGGAUUUGCCAAAGAUCUUUGGAAUUUAUUUAUUUCUCUCAAGGGUAGCUUGCUUUAGUUUUGGUGCAUUCCAUGUAACAGGCUUGUAUGGUCCCGAAAUAUGGGUGUUCGAUCCUUAUGGACUAACGGGAAAAGUACAACCUGUAAAUCCAGCAUAG